GCGAGCUCGCAAACCCAAAUACCCCGCAUUCUGCAUUCCUUCUUCACAUUCGUGACUUCGAAGUCUUCGAACAGUACACGCCCUGCUCACACCUCCAAACAGCAUCCAGUUCCGCCUAGGCUUGUCCAGUCUAUUCAUACCACAACCUUCCCCGCACGGACCCACGACUUCGACGACGAUGUCCACGGCCCCGACUACCAAGUUCGAAUCCGACCCUCCCACGUCCCGCACCUUCGCACACCAAUCCAAACUCCCGAAGCUUCCCAUCCCUCCGCUCGAGGAUACGUGCAGACGGUACCUGACCGCGCUCGAGGCGCUGCAGGAUGAGAAGGAACAUAAGAAGACGAAGAGGGCGGUGGAGCAGUUUUUGAACGGGGAGGGCCCGGAGAUGCAGGAGAAGUUGAUCAAGUGGGCGGAGGGGAGGGAUAGCUACAUCGAGGAGUUCUGGUACGAGUCGUACCUAUCCCACUCGGACCCGGUCGUCCUCGCCCUCAACCUGUUCUUUGUCCUCGAGUGAGUCCCAUCUUUUCUCGCUUCAUGUUCGAGCUCUCGACGCGUCAUAUUGCCGGGUCCGAGCGAUGCAACUUGCUCUUCGCCCAGACGCCGCCACCGCCACCACUGCCACUUUCCCCAACACCGUCGCCAGUAACCCAUCCACGUCUGACGAUGACGACGACCCGGUCGCGAAUGCACCGGGACUCCCGCCGGUCGAGAAGGUUUCGCAUGAUAGGCGAGAUUUGGAUUGGUCGACGGUGUUGAAGAGGACGUUCGAGGCGUAUGUGAGGGGUGAGCGGCCGAAUAUGUAUGGGGAGUGGUUGGUUUGGUGAUGUGGUUCGGUAUUUCGGUGCGAGGUGUGGUACUGAGAAUAGGAGAGAAGAGUAGAGGCGGUGAAAAACUGACUUGGUCAGAGUCGGACGCACAGUUGUUGUAGGUGGUUUCCUGUUUGUCAGAUAGAAUGCAAGGCGUUCGUAUACC